AUGGGAAAACCCUUCGAGAUGGAUCGGGAUUAUGUAAAAGCUCUGCUGGAGAGAAACAAGAUGAAAGCAGGCAAUGCUCCAGAAGGACCCUUCCUCCUCCUUUACAUGAAAGAAGACAGAGAGGAGAGGUUGCAUCAACGCAGGGAGGGUAGAACGAGGUUUACUGGGAGCAGGGAACCGAAUUCCCGGAAAAAAAGUCCCACUGGAAAUAAUUCAUGUAAAUGCCUGGAAUGUGGGAAGAGCUUCCGCUCUUUAAGUGACCUCACUUCCCAUAAUAGGAUCCAUACAGGGGAAAAGCCGUAUCAUUGCACAGUGUGUGGAAAGAGCUUCACCCAAAAAAGCAAGUUCAAUUUACAUAAGAGGAUCCACACCGGAGAGAAAAUGUGUAAAGGCACCAAGUUUGCAAAAUGCAUCAGGACCUCCGGUGACCAUAAGAUCCAUAAGAGGAUCCAUACAGGGGAGAAACCAUAUAAAUGUCUGCACUGUGGAAAAAGCUUCAGUCGAAAAGAUCAUCUAAAGUCACACGAGAGGAUUCACACAGGAGAAAAAACAUUUCAAUGCACGGAAUGUGGAAAGAGCUUCCGUUUCUCAGCAAAUCUUACUUCCCAUCACAGAAUCCACACAGGGGAGAAGCCCUUUCAAUGCCUGCAGUGUGGAAAGUGUUUUGCCCGUUCUGAUAGCCUUCAUGCCCACAAACGGACCCACACAGGGGAGAAACCAUACAAGUGCCUGGAAUGUGGGAAGAGCUUCCGCUCUGGAAGUGAACUCACUUCCCAUAAGAGGAUCCAUACAGGGGAAAAACCGUAUCAUUGCACGGUGUGUGGAAAGAGCUUCACCAAAAAAAGCAAACUCAAUUUACAUAAGAGGAUCCACAGCGGAGAGAAACCGUGUAAAUGCACAGAGUGUGGAAAAUUCUUCAGGACCUCAGAUGACCUUACCCGCCAUAAAAGGAUCCAUAAAGGGGAGAAACCCUAUGAAAGCUUGGAGUGCGGAAAAAGCUUCAAUAGACGUGGUGCUCUAACCUUACAUAAUAGGAUGCAUAAAGGGGAGAAACCAUAUAAAUGCCUGCACUGUGGAAAGAGCUUCAGUCAAAAAGGUAGUCUAAAGUCACACGAGAGGAUCCACACAGGGGAAAAACCAUUUCAAUGCAUGGAGUGUGGAAAGAGCUUCCGUGUCUCAGCAAGCCUUAAUAUCCAUCACAGAAUCCACACAGGGGAGAAGCCCUUUCAAUGCCUGCAGUGUGGAAAGUGCUUCAGUCACUUAAGAAGUCUUACACUCCAUAAAAGAAUCCACACAGGGGAGAAGCCAUUUAAAUGCAUCGUGUGUGGAAAAUGUUUCCGAGACGGGUGGAAUCUUACGCGCCAUAAAAGAAUCCACAGGGGAGAAGCCAUAUGAGUGUGUGGAGUGUGGAAAGAAAUUCAGAACUGGGAGUAACUUUAAUCACCAUAAGAAGACGCAUAGCAGGAAAAGACGAAGCUAAUUGGCUCAUGUUGAGUCUCAAAAUUUGCUUCAUCCCCACAGAAGUAUCCCAGGAGAAUCUGUAGAAAUACAUGGCAUAUGGGAGGGGCUUCCAAAGCAACAGAAGCUUUUUGACCCAUGAAAAAUAAGAGUUGCAUUAUAUAUUUAAGUCACACCAGAACAAAGAGAAGCAGGAUCUUCAGUGAGCACUUCACUGGGAGAAAGAGACGCAAAAGAAUGAAAUAUUGAACCAAUACAAGGCUCAAGUUUUUUUGUCAAAAAUAAACACUGGACGGUUGGCGUUGUGUCUGCACCAUCUAAAAUUGGUUGGCUUUAACUGAUUUCUAGUCUGAGAUACGAUAUUGAUUGUGUUUGUUUUUUGUUAAUGCCCUAACUUGUACAAGUAGCUAAAGGCUUAGCUUACACAUCUCAGAUAUGCCGGUUCAGGAAUUCUGGAAGUUGAAGCCUACAAAUCAUAAAAGGGCCAAAGUUCACCAUCCCUGGUCUAAAUAGAAGGAUCCUUGGAGAGUCAAUUAACAGGUGAAACUUAGAAUAAAAGCGUAAAUGCUUCUGCUUGCUAAAUCAUAACCCCAAAUGUACUAUGGGACAAGACAAAAGGCACAAACAGGAAAGAAUUGCACCUGUACAUCUCUAAAAAGAGGUAGUAUGCUGUUAGAAAAAUAAGAAGUAUCAUGGAAAGCUAUGCUAUAGUACUGCUGAAGUGACAAUUAUGAAAGUGUUGUGGUUUCUCUGUGUACAUGUUAGGAUAGCUUUGCUGAGCUUUGUAUUAUGUACACUAUGGUUAAAAUGUUAGUGUAAAACAGGCAGGAAUUACUGUAAAGGUUGGCCUCUCCCCUCUUUGGAAGAGCUUUAUAGCUCCUGCUGCCUUAAGGAAGUUCAAAACAUUCUUAAAGAUCCAUCUCAUCCUGGGCACCCUUUGUUUGAACUAUUACCAUCUGGCAGACGGUACAGGAUAAUAAAAAAAAGGAGAAAUAGGCUGAAAAACAGCUUCUAUCCCAGGGCAAUAACCAUAUUGAAUUCUACGGUAUAGUGCCGUGAUGGCACACCUAUGGCACGUAUACCACUGAUGGCAUGCAUAGCCAUAUUGGUGGGCACGUGAACUCAACUCCCAGUUGAUUUUCCGUCCUUCUGGGCCUACCUGCAAUAGGGGAACAGGCUGUUUCCUACCUCCGGAGGGCCUGGUGUGGGUGAGGAAGGCCCAUUUUUUUUCUCCUCAUGCUCCAGAGCCUUUCUAGGAGCCUGGGGGCGGGCAAAACGGCCUUCCCCACCCCCUGGAGGCCCUCCAGA